AUGGAACUCAACCGAGAACAUUUUCGCGCCAAGUUACUGUCUGUUUUCGGCAACGAAGCGCCACAUAAGUCGACAAUUUCCCGUUGGUAUGGAGAAUUCAAACGUGGACGGGGUGCACCAAAAACGGCAGUCACCCAGGAAAACAUUGAGGCCUUCUUGAAGAUCUCAAAGACCUCAAUUAAAAAAAUUUUACAUGAACAAUUAGGAGUAAGAAAAUUAAUUUCUCGUUGGAUAUCCCACCUGUUGACUGAAGAGCAGAAAGCAGCCAGGCAAAGAACUGUUACUGCGGAUUGGUAUACCACCAUUUGUUUGCCAGAAGUCAUCACCGAGCUUCGAAAAAUCAACCCCGAAAGAAGAAUCAUCCUCCACCAAGACAAUGCAAGCUCGCACACAGCCCAAAAAACAAGGCAGUAUUUAACUGAAGAAAGCGUGGAAUUAUUGGUCUAUCCUCCAUAUAGUCCCGAUCUAAGUCCUAACGAUUUCUUUACUUUCCCGAAAAUCAAAAACAGUUUGCGUGGUCAAAGGUUCCAGUCACCAGAAGAAGCAGUUGACGCAUUAAAAAAUGCCGUUUUGGAUCUGCCAGCGAACGAGUGGAAUAAGUGCUUCGAAAAUUGGUUCGAGCGCAUGCAGAUGUGUAUUAAUCUUCGCGGAGAAUGCUUCGAAAAACAAUAAAGUCAUUUAAAACUA